UUCAGCACCAGCCAGACCCGGGCGGCCGGAGUACCUGCUAGGUAGACGUCUCAGACUUAGCAGACGAUGCGGUUUGUCGAGGCACUCAGAGGCUCUCCUGCUCGGUUUCAAUAGUAUUGUUUCACACCAGGCAGCUCUCAUACCUCAUUCUUGAAUCCUGGUUGCCUCACGUUGCUUCAUUCUCCCCCACGACUUCACUUGACACACUCGUCCUCCUCCUCGUCCUCCUGCAGAACCUCCUCGAGAUGCCCCAAAAGCCUAAGGCUGACGACCCGAGCUCCUUGGGGAACCUGUACCUCAUUUUUUACAAUGUGUUUCUCACAUUAGGGUGGUUGAUUGUCUUGAUUCAGACCAUCCACCAUCUAGUUCAUGAGCAGGGCAACAUUACUGGACUAUGGGAGAAUACCAAUUCUGUGCUUCUAAUUUUCCAAACAUUGGCUGUCUUAGAGAUUUUGCACUCGGCAGUCGGUCUUGUGUCCUCCAGCGUAAUGAUGGUCCUACCACAGGUGUUCUCUCGUCUGAUGGUGACUUGGGCCAUCCUCUACUCUUUUGAGGACUCACGCACCAGUAUAGGAUUUCCGAUGCUUUUGAUUGCCUGGAGUGUGACUGAAGUGAUUCGAUAUUCAUUCUACUUUUUGAAUAUCCUCAAACAAGUGCCCUUCAUUCUCACUUUUCUCAGGUACACCCUUUUCAUUGGCCUCUACCCACUUGGUGUAACUGGUGAGAUUCUCUGUGUGUAUGCAGCAUUGCCA